CCAGAAAAGCCUCAGCGCUUAAUCUGAAGCAUCUAUGCCGCAUGCAUUCUAAUACCAGGCUAGCAGCUAACUUAUAUAGUCUAACGUUCCUAGUCCUUGAGGGAUAGAUGAACAGGUCGUCCCCCCUCCCCCCUAACCUCUACUACACAGACCGGAACCCAAAAACAAAGCGAAGAUGGACGAACUUGAGCGCUAAACAGUGCGACCGUUGCUGCGUCUUUGCCUCGUCCUCCCGACAUUUACUCAAUGAAGUUAGUGCCAAAGACCAGCAAGCUGUCCUCCUCCAAGCCAAAUAUCGACGAGCAUAUAUCAAUCUUCAGCUGUUCCAUGCAGAUCAGUACAGUAGCAAGAAGGAUUUAUUAAGGAUACUUCGCAAGCUUGAGGCAAAAAUCAGCGAACUUAAGGAGACUAUCGUGCAACUGCAGGAUGAGAACACAAACAAGCAGGACGCUAACGAUAGAUUGGAAUAUGCCGCCAUGCUUCAACUACUUCCUCAUGAUGGUAGCUGUGCUCCCUCUGAUGUUAGUAUGAGGGGGUAGGGCGGAUAGCUAAAAAAUACUUGUUAUCGACACUAUCAUGAAUAACACUGUCGUCUUGCAAUCAUAAGCUCCCAUUAGUUGUCAGAUUUGAUGGUAUCUGAAGAUGUCACGGUGACAGAAAGAUUGAAUGAAGAUGGGUUGACUGAUUGUAUUCAGGUGU